UCGCAGGAUAAUGACGUCGGUAAAGGGUCCUUUAUGAAACGUGUCGCUCCAUGUGAGUUUAACACUCGCGUGAUAGCAGCAUACAUCUAAACGAAAAUUUCGAAUUUGGAAAUUUUUGGAGAUACAAGUAAAACAAUGGCAACUGUCCGCAAGAAAGUUGACAACCGCAUUCGUGUCCAGAUCGAGAAUGGAGUUGCUCUGCAGCAUCGCACCAUGUUUGUCGUGGUGGGCGAUCGCGGAAGAGAUCAGGUGGUCAUUCUGCAUCAUAUGCUCUCCAAAGCAAGCGUUCGAGCACGACCAUCCGUUCUGUGGUGCUACAAAAAAGAACUUGGCUUCAGCAGCAAUCGCAAGAAACGUAUGAAGCAGCUGCAGAAGAAAAUAAAAACAGGCACAUUGAAUCUGAAUCAGGAUGACCCUUUUGAGCUUUUUGUUGCUGCCACGAACAUUCGAUACUGUUACUACAAUGAGACUCACAAGAUAUUGGGUAACACCUUUGGCAUGUGUGUCCUACAGGAUUUUGAAGCCCUCACUCCCAACCUACUAGCCAGAACUGUUGAGACAGUUGAAGGUGGCGGUAUUGUAGUCAUACUGUUACGGACAGUGAACUCCCUCAAGCAACUCUACACAAUGACCAUGGAUGUGCAUGCUCGUUACAGAACAGAGGCUCAUCAGGAAGUGGUUGGAAGGUUCAAUGAGAGGUUCAUCCUGUCCCUUGCCUCCUGCAAAAACUGUGUCGUCAUCGACGACCAACUCAACAUCCUGCCCAUAUCCAGCCACAUGGCCAACAUUAAGCCUGUUCCGCCAAAGACGCAGGAGGAGGGUUUGUCUCCAAAAGAACAGGAGCUGAAAGACCUCAAAGAGACUCUCCAGGACACUCAACCAGUGGGUGUGUUGGUAGAUAACUGCAGGACCAUGGACCAGGCCAAAGCUGUGCUGAAGUUCAUCGAAGCCAUCUCGGAGAAGACCCUGAGGAGUACCGUGGCUCUUACGGCUGCUCGUGGCCGAGGCAAAUCCGCCGCGCUGGGGCUGGCUGUCGCUGGAGCUGUGGCCUUUGGCUACUCCAACAUUUUUGUAACCUCCCCGAGCCCAGACAACCUCCACACCAUGUUUGAGUUCAUCUUUAAAGGCUUCGAUGCGCUUCAGUAUCAGGAGCAUCUGGACUAUGAGAUCAUCCAAUCGCUGAAUCCAGAGUUCAACAAAGCGGUCGUGAGGGUGAACGUCUUUAAAGAGCACAGGCAGACCAUUCAGUAUAUCCAUCCGGGUGACGCUGUCAAAUUAGGCCAGGCUGAACUUUUGGUGAUUGAUGAGGCUGCUGCCAUCCCCUUACCGCUGGUCAAGAAGCUGCUGGGACCGUAUCUGGUUUUCAUGGCCUCCACCAUCAACGGCUACGAAGGCACCGGUCGCUCGCUCUCACUCAAACUGAUCCAGCAGUUGAGGCAGCAGAGCGCCGACAGCCAACAGAACAUGUCAGCCGAGAACAGGAGCAGCACCACAGCCAGGCUAGCGGCAGCUCGCACACUUCACGAGGUCAGCUUACACGAGUCCAUUCGAUACGCGGCGGGUGACGCGGUGGAGAAGUGGCUCAAUGAGCUCCUCUGCCUGGACUGCCUGAACAUUCCGAGACUCAUCUCCGGUUGUCCUCUUCCACAAACCUGUGACUUGUAUUACGUCAACAGAGACACGCUGUUUUGCUACCACAAGGCGUCUGAGGCCUUCCUGCAGAGGCUGAUGGCUCUUUAUGUGGCGUCCCACUACAAGAAUUCGCCCAAUGACUUGCAGAUGUUGUCCGACGCGCCGGCCCAUCACCUCUUCUGUCUUCUGCCGCCCGUCCCCCCGACGCAGAACUCUCUGCCCGAGGUCCUGGCUGUGGUGCAGGUGUGUCUGGAAGGCGAAAUAUCUCGACAGUCCAUUCUCAACAGCCUCUCUCGAGGGAAGAAAGCGUCCGGCGACCUCAUUCCAUGGACCGUGUCUGAACAGUUCCAAGAUCCGGAGUUUGGCAGCCUGUCUGGAGGCAGGGUGGUGCGAAUCGCUGUGAAUCCAGACUAUCAAGGGAUGGGCUACGGCUCGAGAGUGCUCCAGCUGCUGCAGAUGUACUACGAGGGCAAGUUCCCCACCAUGGACGAGAGCACGGCGCCCCAGCGCAAUGAAAUCACUCCCGUCAGCAGUGAGGCCGUCACGCUCCUCGAGGAGGUCGUGACGCCUCGCAAGGAGCUCCCGCCGCUGCUACUGAAGCUGAGCGAGAGGCAAGCGGAGCGACUGGACUACCUGGGGGUCUCCUACGGGCUGACGACGCAGCUGCUCAAAUUCUGGAAGAAAGCAGGCUAUACGACGGUCUACUUGAGACAAACGCCAAACGACCUGACGGGCGAGCACUCGUGCGUGAUGCUGAAGGAGCUGCACAGUGACGAGCGGCCGAGCCAGUGGUUGUCUGCAUUCCGCAAAGAUUUCCGCAGGCGUUUCCUGUCCCUGCUCUCCUACCGGUUCAGCAGCUUCCCGCCGAGCCUGGCCCUCGGCGUCCUGCAGAACAAGAGCACCAAAGAAGCCGCGAGCGCGAUGAGUGCCUCAGAGCUGGCGGUCCACUUCAGCCCGUACGAUCUCAAGCGUCUGGAAUUGUACUCGCGCAGCAUGGUGGACUACCACCUCAUCAUGGACCUGAUCCCGACCGUGGCGCGCUUGUUCUUCCUCAAUCAGCUGGGUGACGUCUCACUGUCAGUGGCGCAGUGUGCAAUGCUGCUGGGCAUCGGACUGCAACACAAAUCGGUGGACCAGUUGGAGAGGGAGGUGGACCUCCCGAGCUCGCAGCUCAUGGGCCUCUUCAACCGCCUCUUGCGCAAAUUUGUGCAAAUUUUUACCAGCAUCCAAGAAAAGGCCAUCGAAGCGGACAUGGCAACAACAAAAGACGUCACCAUGGAGCCGACAGUCCGAAGCCUCCAGGAUGAUCUGAAUGAGGCGGCAAAGGAGUUUGAGGAGAAACUCAAGCAGGAUAAAGAGAAAGUGAAGGAACUCUACCUGGAAGAGUACAAGAUCCGCGGACAUGAUGAGGACUGGGACGAAGUGCUGAAGAAAGCUGGGAACACGGCGAUGGUCAGCAUUAAAAGUGACAAGAAGAGGAAUCUUGAUGCAGGAAAGGACACGGCGAGCAAUGGAGGGCCUCAACACGGGAAGAAAAAGAAGAAGCACGUGCAGCAAGGAAAGGACAAACGCGGCAAAUUUGGAAAAAAGGUGUUCAAGUGAAAUGCGAUGUCAUGAAAAGGACUGUGAUGUCACUUUAGUUGAAUACAAGAAAUGGACAGAAGAGCAUUUGACUUUUUUUUAAUCACAAGAAUUUGUGUGCCAUAUAUAUAGAUACAAAUAUAUCAGUAUGUCUA